CCCAUCAUACCUCUUAACACCUUUUAUCCUGCGGGGGCCCCGAAGAGCGCCCGUGUCCACGUCGGCACAACUCAAGCUGCUUUAAGCGCACCGCCUGGAAUUAUCGUCAUUGCUGUAUUAUCCUACUGUGCUGACUUAUUAGUGUAGCGAAUUGUGGAGAGCAUUCGAAGCCUGGCUGGCUUGGGCCGGCUCGACCGGCUAUUCCGACGUUGGGAACGCAGCCGACGCCCUUCGGGGCUGCAGACAUAAGACAUGGGAAACACCACAUCCCACAAGCACGAGACUCCGGGGGGCACGGAGCACGAACACUAUGCGCGGCACGCGUCGCCGCCGCUUAGCCCCGGCUCGCCGUUGACCUACAGCCCGCAAAUACCCAUGGAGCCGAUCGCGCGCGCUGAUGAGCUGACAGCCGCCAACCGCAACGCACCUGAAUUUCACGGGGUGGCAGGGUGGCCAGCGCAGCCAAAGCUGAUGCCAGUGGUCAUCGUGUGGAGCCACGGUGGGAGCCACGUGGAGGUGGAGGGCUCGUUUGACAACUGGACGACGCGACAACCGCUACAAAAGUCCGGAAAGGACUUCACCAUCAUCAAGCUGCUCCCACCGGGCGUGUACCAGUACAAGUUCAUUGUGGACGGCGAGUGGAAGUACGACCCCAACCAGCCUGCCAUGUUUGACGAGAUGCGCAACGUGAACAACGUUAUCGAGGUGCACGAGUACGUUCCUGAGAACCUGGAGGGAGUCAGCGGCUUUGACCCGCCGCCCUCGCCGCCGUCCAGUUACAACUGCCCGACGCCGGUGGCAGACGACUAUGCCAAGGAGCCGCCCGUGAUGCCGCCACAUCUGCAACUCACGCUGCUCAACGUGCCGCCGGCUCUGGAUGCCCAGGCGGUGCUGCCGCGCCCGCAGCACGUCAUCCUCAAUCACGUGUACUGCCAACGGGGGCAGAGCGUGCAGGCGCUGGUGGUGGGCACAACCAGCCGGUACAAGUCCAAGUACAUCACCACUGUCAUGUACAAACCCAAGGCACGGCGGCGCGUACUGGACGGAAGCAUCAAGACCGACCAGUAGCGGACCCGUACGCCCCGCACGCCCCUAGCUAGUGGGAAGAAGCGGACAACGGGCUUGAGCCCUGCUUUGGGUCACGCUCAGGACAUUUGUGUCGUCUGGGCGCUACAGCGGGUUGUUGCGUGCAGGUGCUAUGGCCUUUGUCUUGACUGGUGUCUGGUGCUGGGGGUUACAUUGAGUGCGUGCGCGGAACACACUCAUAGGAUUGCAUGCAUACGCGCUGAGUGGGUGAUGGUAUUGGUGGGACAAGGAUGGAUAAUGCUACAGGUGCAUUCUUGUACAGCAAUGAUGCAAACUCGGUGCCUUUGGCGGUCUCCACAUACUCUCACGACCGUUUGAUUGGCAUACCAUCCUGGCAAAUCCGUGGCCAUCGGGGUGUUUUACGGUACGAUGGAGGCACAGAUGGAGUUGAGUCCUUACGUGGUUUGGUACGGCUUUUGUUUCCCGUUGGGUGCGAUGACCCUUGGCUGACCGGGCAGCGGCAGACGGCGGCAGUAACAUGUCAUCCCUUGGCCCGCAUAAGCCGGACACUUGUGGGGCACACGCUGGGCUUGGGCUCGCCAGUGACCGCAAUGUGCGGCAGCGGCGGCGGCACACAUGUGCCGGGUUCUGCUAUUUGCAAAACCAUUCUACUC